UCUUCCUGUAAAGGAGGAAAACACAAAAUUCACGAUAAAAAAGAGAAUGUAGCGACUUUACUGGCGUGGCAAGCUGGCAACACUGACGGGAAGCUGAGGAGAAAAUGGCCGAGACUCGCGAGGCGGUUGUCUAGUCCUUUAAGGUUAAAAUGGAGGAACUACUGUCGUUAAAGUGGAACAAUCACCGUUCCACAUUUUUACACAUUUUGGGUGUGCUCAGGGAUAAGCAAGCGUACACAGAUGUGACUCUAGCAUGUGAUGGCAAAUUCUACAGUGUGCACAAGUUGGUGCUCUCAACAUGCAGUGAUUAUUUUUGUGCCAUGUUUGACAAAACUGCUUGUAAGAGCCCUGUUAUAGUGUUGAAAGACAUUAAAAGUGAGGACCUAGAGGCCUUGCUAGAUUAUAUGUACCUUGGUGAAGUGAAUGUGAGACAGAGUGACUUGGCGUCUUUGAUAAAGGCGGCGGAAAACCUUAGAAUCAAGGGCCUUGCAGUACCUGAUGAUGAACCUCCUAAGAAAGGUUCUGCCCCUGCCUCUCGGACUGACUCUGGCAGGAGGGAGGGGGGCAGUGGCAGCCCUCCUUCCAAGAGGAAACGUAGAGACGAGGGUGAGGACGGAAGGGAAGAUGUAAGACCUUCCGCUCCUUCAACAGGGGGUUUACAUACCCCUCCCCCACCCUCCUCUAGACCAAAGAGUCCCAUUAGCCAGCGACUAAGUUCCUCCCCUCUCAGAACCUCUCAGGAGUCCCUCAUGCCGGAGGACCGUGAUAGCCGUCCCCUCUCUUCUCCGGCAGAAUCUCCUGCUGCCUCCCAUCUUACGCCUCACCAAUCCUCACAACAGUUGCCUCAUCAGUCAUCUCAGUCAUCACAACCUUUGCCUGAUCAGCAUGAAGUCAGUAAUCAGUAUAGAGGGGAGGAGACACCCACAUUCGUCAAGGUAGAAAUGGAGGAGGAGGCGGAUGACAUGCAGAGGGAUUCUUACAACAUGAGUGGGGACGGCUAUAAGGAGGAAAACAGUGGGGGUGACCUGGGAGGGGACCUGAGCAAUGAUCUGCCGGAAUUCCUUCAGCAGGCAGCUUCCGGUGCCCUUGCUAGUACCUCCGCCUCCUACCAUCAUGCCUUUGCUGGACCCUCAGGCUUUCAGCCGGAUGUGUCUGGCUGGCAGGGGGAUAGCCAGUCCUUGCCUGGGAGUUUCUCUGGGCUGGGUUUUCAGCAGCCUUCCUCUCAGGAUAAUCCACCAGGGGUGGCCUCCAGAAAUCCGCGCCCUCGGGAACACUUGCAUCUCUCCACCUCGGAGGUCGCCAUCGCUCGCACGCUUCUCACCAUUCCCGACCAAUCCACCUCGCGCUCCUCAGCCGCUUUUGUCACCUCCAAAGCCUCCCUCCAAUCGUCCACCGCAGCUAAUAGCUGCAGUGGCUCUUUCACCACCUCCUCCUCCACUCUGUCCCCCUCCACCCCUCAGACCCUCACCGUGUCACUCCUCAAGGGCUCCUCGUGCCCGGAGUGCGGGAAGGUGUUCCGCGGGGACUAUCACAAAUACAACCUUAAAAAGCACCUUACCAUACACGCAGGGCUGCGGCCGUUCACGUGUCCGGUGUGCAACAUGGCCUUCAACCAGAAAGUGUCCAUGAAGCGCCACUUUGCUUCCGUGCAUAGGGCGCUCGGCCAGGCACAGAAAGUGGAUCAGAACUGAGCCUUUAAGGAAGGAGGAGAAGGAGGAGGAGAAGGAGGAGGAGGGCUAAUCUGAGUGAGGUUUGUUUCCGUACCACACUAAGGUGGGAAAGACCUGAGAUGUAGUAUAAUCGUGGCCGCACUGGCGGGCGGUGCUAGGCUGCAAGCUGUUAGUUGACGUGAUGACGAUAAGACGAGCAGCUGCCCUUCAUUGAUAGUGAUCUAUUUUGGUACCUUAGGAUACAUAGAGAGCAGUGUUAGAGCGUCAGGGCCGUGAGUGGCUGGCUGGGUGGGUGUUCAUCGUGUACAGUAGGAACACCGGCACCAGCUCUUGCUGCACCACCACGUCACUCUCCUCGGCCAUUGCGCGUUUUGAAACUCAGGCAGCUACUGCUAACACAGACCUAGAAUAGUGACGACCGGCUGCUGUAUGUAUGGCGGCAGGUACUCCACAAGCAACAUGACGACGCACCGACGAUGGGCGACGCCGUAUGAGGCAGCCCAUCAGAUACAACGCCUUGGGGCAAUAGUGAUGGGUCGCGAUUGUACGAGUAUUUACCAUCAUUACCAGUUGUCCACCUGCUGGUACCUGGGGCUAAGCAGCUGUUCUUGCCUCGGACCGUGCCAGGGGAUAAUUAUUCUCAUACUGAACCUACCUAAGACCCUCCUUGAGAACCAUGGCUGCUGCCCCUCUCCUACCAGCCACCCAGGGGACAAGGCGGGGAGGCUCCUGGGAGCAGGCAUCCUCCUUACCUCUGUUACUCAUGAGGGAACAUGUCUGCACGCGACACUGCAUGCAACACACACACACACUCACACACACACACACACACACACACACACACACACACACACACACACACACACACACACACACACACACACACACACACACACACACACACACACACACACACACACACACACACACACACACACACACACACACACACACACACACACACACACACACACACGUCCACCUCCUGCGUCACUCAGAAACUGUUGGAUUCAAAGGCAGCUGUAGCACUAAAAGGCAGCCGUAGCAGUGUGUGUGUUUGUGUGUGUGUGUGUGUGUGUGUGUGUGUGUGUGUGUGUGUGUGUGUGUGUGUGUGUGUGUCAGAGAGAGAGAGAGAGAGAGAGAGAGAGAGAGAGAGAGAGAGAGAGAGAGAGAGAGAGAGAGAGAGAGAGAGAGAGAGAGAGAGAGAGAGAGAAUUCUCUUCGGAGGGCUCAACAACAACAACAACAACAACAACAACAACAACAACAACAACAACAACGCGGAACACAGCAGCAGCUAAAGGAGCAGCAGCGGCCAUGCGCUCAACACAAGGGUUCAAAAUGCUCGUGUGUGGAGGAGUACUUGCAUAUAUACAUACAUCCGUACAUGCAUACAUACGUAGAUACAUGCCUACCUACGUACACACAUAUACAUACAUACGUACCUACAUAUUUUUAGCUUUGUAUUCAACUGAUCUGACGCUGAUUUUUGGAAAUGUGAGUCAAACCAGUGGAUUAGUGGCCCGGAGGGGGAGCAGCAGAAGGGAAAGGGGGAGGGGGAAGAGGGAAGGGUGAAGAGGAGCUACAAGCAGAUUAACUCCUCUCCCCCUUCCUAUUCCCCUUCCCCCGAAGCCGUCUCCCCCGCAGGUCCUGUGUCAGUGGCUGUUCUAAUAAAAAAUUCGUCAUAAUUUUA